AUGCCCGCAGCAGUUUAUGCUCAGCAGUGCGUUGCCGCAGCGUAUGCCUCUCGGCUCAAUCCUUAUGCUUUGCACAGGAAGGAGCAGGAGGCGUUACAGGACCAUCUUUGUCACCUCCAAGUUACUGUGUAUUUGAACAUCCGGAAUGGCAUCCUGCGACUGUGGACACGAAACCCGAUGGUAAGCGUCUCGAAAGAGGAAGCCUGGGGGUGCACGAAAGAUUAUCGUUGGGUGAAUCUUGCCUCCUUCGCUUAUGAAUGGCUCAUAAGGAAUGGCUAUAUCAACUUCGGGUGUGUGGAGAUUCCCACAGCCCUCGUAAACUCCAGAAAGGGUCGCCGAAAGGAUGGCCCAGUGGUUGUGGUCAUUGGAGCAGGAGUGGCAGGGUUAGGCUGUGCGCGACAAUUGGAGGGACUCUUCCGCCAUUACCACGAUGCCGAUUCAUCCCCACGAGUCAUUGUCCUAGAAGGAAGGCGCAGGAUUGGCGGUCGCAUUUAUUCGCACCCGCUCCGCAGUUUGCAGUCCUCAAAACUGGCUCCCGGGCUGGUUCCGAAGGCUGAAAUGGGCGCCCAGAUCAUUGUGGGCUUCGAGCAUGGCAAUCCGUUGGAUCAGAUAGUCCGCGGUCAGCUAGCUCUUCCCUAUCAUCUUUUACGUGAUAUCUCAACCAUCUAUGAUAUUGAUGGCUCCGCGGUAGAUGAAGCCCGUGAUGCAACAGCCGAGAUGCUUUAUAACGAUGUACUGGACCGUUCAGGUCUCUACCGUCACAAAUCCGUGAUAGUCCCAACAGCGGAAGGUGAGCGGGACUUGAUCGAUACUGGUCGUGAUAUUGUGACCAAUGAUGGCCUCACCGUCCGUCAAUAUGAAGAGGCCAGGGCUGCCGGUACAAUUGGACUCCUUUUCCCUGCCAAAAAGGUUCGUAGAGGCGUGGGUCAUAAGACAGCAGAAAUCAAACCAGCCAGUGCCCCUUUAGCAAACGCUGACAGCAACGAAGAAAACCCAACGAAGCUUGCUUGUCAGACGAUGGGAUGGAGCCUGAAACCCGGGAUUUCAGACACUGAGAAGAUUAAUCUUGAUCCCACGGCUAAGGCAUCUCGGACUCAGACACUGGGAGCCGUCUUAGAUGAGGGUUUCAGGCAAUACCAACGCAUGCUGCCGCUGACUCCCAAAGAUAUGCGGUUGAUGAAUUGGCAUAUGGCCAACCUAGAAUAUGCGAACGCAGCCAAUGUUGGCAAGCUCAGUCUCUCCGGCUGGGACCAGGAUAUGGGCAACGAGUUCGAAGGGGAGCACUCGCAAGUCAUUGGCGGCUACCAGCAGCUUCCAUACGGGCUAUGGUCACUGCCCACCAAGCUCGAGGUACACAGAAACAAAGUUGUUUGCAACAUCUCCUACGACUCGACUGGACGCGGUAUCCAGAAAGCCGUCAUCCAGUGUGAGGACGGUGAGUCUUUCACUGCGGACAAAGUAGUUUUCACAGGCUCCCUGGGCGUUCUUAAGCACCGAGGCAUCCAGUUCUCCCCUCCUCUUCCGGAAUGGAAACUGGGAGCGAUUGACCGGUUAGGAUUUGGAGUCAUGAACAAGGUGAUUCUCGUAUUCGACCAACCCUUCUGGGACACGGAACGCGAUAUGUUUGGUCUGUUACGCGAGCCCCAGAACCGCGACAGUAUGAGACAAGAAGACUAUGCGGCCCAUCGAGGUCGCUUCUACCUCUUCUGGAACUGCAUGCGGACCACCGGUCUGCCUGUGCUUAUAGCCCUGAUGGCCGGUGAUGCCGCUCACCAAGCCGAACGCACCCAGGACGCCGAGAUCAUCGCCGAAGUAAUCAGCCAGCUCCGCAACGUCUUCAAGCACGUCGCCGUUCCAGACCCUCUGGAGACGAUCAUCACUCGCUGGGCUAGCGACAAGUUCACCCGUGGAAGCUAUUCUUUCGUCGCCGCGCACUCCCUCCCUGGUGACUAUGACCUCAUGGCCCAGUCCAUCGGCAACCUGCACUUUGCCGGCGAAGCCACCUGCGGCACCCACCCUGCCACCGUGCAUGGUGCAUACCUUUCAGGACUGCGCGCCGCGUCAGAGAUCAUCGAAACCACUCUCGGUCCUAUCGAAAUACCUUCUCCCCUGGUUCCCGACAAAGGCGCCAAAAUCGUCGUUCCAGCUACAGACUUUGACAGGGCGUCAACAACGACGAUCGCAAGCACCGGUCAGAAGCGCAAGCAACAACACCCAUCCACAACGUCCAUCCUCCCACCACUACCCAAUCAGCCACAAGCUUCUAACCCGACCGACCCCUCCCCCUCCCCGGAAUCCAUCCACCGCGCAGCCUACGAUAAAGCGAUGUGGGCCUCCAUCUACUCGGAAAUCGGUGCCCCGGUGCCUCGACCUGCCCGCGCAGUCCUCAACCCAUUUCUCCUCUAUCAAAAGGACGUCUGGAUCCGGUGUCGCGCGCAGUGUGAUGAAGCCCGUCGCGCCGCCACAAAUGACCCCACCGCGAAAGCGGCCCGCGACGAGAUUCGCCAGGCUUUGGGACUGAUGUGGCGUCAGGCCAGCGAGGCCGAGAAGCGGCCCUAUCUCGAGCAGAUCGAGCUGAACCGGCAGACCAACGCGACGAUUAUGGACCAGUGGCGCCGCGAACUUGCUGAAUGGGAGAAAUUCGCUCUACAGGUACGCGAGCGGUGGUGUCGAGAGAAUCCGUACGCGGCGUGGGUGGACAGAGAGUUCGGUCGUGAUAGCGGUAGUGGUGGUAUUGGCAGUGUUCCCUUGGGGGAUGUUGCUGCUGCUACUGGUAUUCUUAAUAGUACUACUACUACUAUUACGGGCGCCAGUAGUGGUGGUGUUGGUUCAGCUGUACCGCCGGCCGGGGCUGUGCCCAAUAGUAACAUUAAUGGCAUGACCAACGGCACAACUGUCUCAACCGUUGCCAAAGCGCCCACGUCUUGUUCACCAUUCGCACAACCCAUGAUUCCUCCUGCUGCUCAGCACCAGCAGCAACAAGCAAACGGCUCAUUUUAUCCUCCUCCCUGA